UUUAUACUUAGGCCUUCCUGGGACUUAUUUUACCCUUUAACUUACUGAUUAGUAAUAAAAAACGGUUUUGUCCGUGGCUCUUUUUGUUAUCUCCGCUCGCAGGCUAACGUAGGUGUCGAAGUUUGAAGAAUUGUGGGUUUUCAAAGGUUUUAUAAUUGCCCGACACCUGCUAGAAAACUCUCUCUUUGCACUGCUGUCAAGCUUUUAUUUUAAAUCGAAGAUGUAAAUUAGUCUUAGUCAAACCAAUUGAUGUGAAGGUGUCAGCUGAAUCAAGCUUGUAAUUUCCGAAAAGCGGAGUUUUUUUUAUCCUUUCAGUUACGUUGGUGGGUUUAGAAAAGGUACCUAUCACCCGGCCGGACCAGAGCCAAUUGAAACCUUACUGAGUUGAUUCUUUCAAAAAUCGCACGGAAAUAUUCCGCAGGUAAGAAAAAUCAUACAGAAGACUUCUUUAUUACAGCACUUAAAAGCCUUGCGCUGUUUGAAAUGUCAAAUCGUUCGGUUUUAUUUACACACAUCUUAUUAUUACAGUUAUUUGUCCUAUUGUGCGUAUAUAUUUUGCGGCAACGCAGUAACAGGACACAUUUAAUGAGCUGAUCUGUGCGAAUCUUUUAAGGUAAUUUUCACCGUUUGAAAUAGCCCACAGGCGUUUGAAUCUCUUCCAAGGAAAAAGUAUUGUAACGGGCACUUUAUUAUUAUGUUUGUUUAUGGUUUUGUAGUGCGAAGGCAGGACUGUUCCCAGAGAGGCUUUUUAAUUGCUGUGUCGCAGAUUCUAGCCAAACAACAACAACAACACAGCGAAAAGGUGCGGCGAACUGAUAGUGCAAAACGGGACACGACUGAAGCAAGAAAAAAGGACUUUAUCAGCGCUCAGAUGAAUAAAAACGGUUGUAGAAGCAAUCAAUAGCGGAGUCGAGAUCAGUUUUUCUUCAGUUUCGCAGCUGUUCGAUAUUUUUAAGGAACGAUGUUCGCUGUACGUUGUGUAGCACUUCUCGGCGUAAGUGCUGUCCUAGUCGAAGGAGACACACUGAUAAAGCGCUCUCCACGGAUUUACUCACCAGGGAAUGUGAUGUUGGAUGGCCUAGCGCCGGUUCACUAUCCCCCGGGUACAAGAGAAGAAGAUCCCGCGCAAAACUCCCAAAAGAAGUUCUCUCAUCAUUGCGGCGGCCCCUUCAAUUUCCGAGGACUGCAGCACGCCGAAGCGAUUCUUUACGCCGUCGACCAAAUCAACAAAAACAAAACUUUGCUACCAGGUGUCACACUGGGCGUCGACAUCAAAGAUACUUGUAACAGUGUUGAUCACACGAUAAGAGAAUCUCUGCAGUUUGGAUUUAUCCGCGCGGCUUACACGCACGCGGAAGACUUAGAACGCAUUCAAGCCUGCGGAUUAAUGAAAAAUGGUUCCGCUUUGGCGAUGGUAAACACAAGGAAUAAAGGUGUCGCCAUCAUCGGAGCCGCCUACAGCGGGAUCACGAUCGCGGUUGCAAAUCUAGCGGGGCUAUUUCAUGUCCCGGUUGUAAGCUACGCGUCCACCAGUAGGCUUUUAAGCGACCGUUCGCGCUUCAAGAACUUUCUGCGCACUGUUCCGUCGGACACAAGACAGGCACAAGUGAUGGUGGACAUCAUCCGUGAGUUUGAUUGGAAUUUCGUCUCGACCGUGGCCUCCGACACGGAGUACGGACGUUCGGGAAUCGAGUCAUUUAAGUACGCCGCAAACAGUCGAGAGCACUCCCGCAUUUGUAUCGCAGUGGACGAGGUCUUCACCGUGAGGACGCCGAAAGCAAAGGUGCGCGAAAUUUUCUCGAAAAUUCGAGAGCAUCCCGAAGCAAAGGUAAUUGUGCUGUUUGCUGAGCUCAACGAUGCGGAUUAUUUCAUAAACGUUGCGCGCGAGGAAAACAUGACUGGAUACAUCUGGAUUGGUUCCGACGCAUUUGCCCGUUCUUACUCGGUUUUGCGCAACAAUCAAGAAAUAUUGAAAUACUUUAUCAACGUAGAGCCAAAAUGCAAAGUUUAUGAGCCGUUUAAAGCUUAUUUUCAGAACAUCACUGUAGAACGCUUGCUGCGAAAUCCUUGGCUAAGGGCGUAUCAGGGGUACAUUGAGAAGCUAUUGAACUUGAGUGAGCCGACAGAAUAUUCAGCAUACACCACCACGGCCAUUGACGCAGUGUACGCCGUCGCAUAUGGUUUGCAUGACAUGUAUCGGUGUUCCAACAAGGCUUGUUUCGUUGAUGUCUCCAAAACCGUGCAAAGAGACGUGUAUGGUUACAUCAAGAACGCGUCCUUCGUGUCUCCUACAGGGCACCGUGUAUCAUUUGACGAAAGUGGAAGCUCGGAGGCCGCUUCCUACAACAUUAUUUUUGUGAACAAUCGCAGCGGUGGAUAUCAUUUUCAAGUUUUUGGAAACUGGUCUUUGGGAGGCGGGUUGAAAUAUUUGCCAAUGUACGAGUAUGAUCGACACCUUUUUGGCAGCUUACAUUCCUUUGCGAGGUGUAGUCCUACCUGUGGACCAGGGUUUUGGAAGGAGCCCAAGAAACACUUCCCAGAGUGCUGUUGGAACUGUGUUCAUUGUCAUGGCAACAGUGUGACCAACCAAUCAGGAGCGACAGCAUGCGUGAGUUGCCCGGAUGGAUCAAUAGCCAAUCAUGAAAAGUCUUCUUGUGACGUCAGCCCCGUGACUGAAGUUUACAGCACCCGCGCUGGCAUUGCGGUAGCAACCGCUUGUGGUGUUGGCAUCUGUGCUGUUUUUAUAACAUCUGUAACGAUGUUUAAACAGAGAAAGACGCCAGUUGUAAAGGCGGCAAGCCGGGAAAUCUCCUACAUUCUGCUGUCUGGUCUUGCUUGGUGUUACACCCUUCCAAUCACCUUCAUUCUGCAACCGACGUCUCUGUUCUGCAAUAUACAACCGUUUUUAAUGAGCACCGGCAUUGCUAUGGUGAUUGGCUCGCUCUUAACGAAAACCAAUCGCAUCGCACGAAUUUUCAGCGUGAAAACCAUGCGCACUGGAAAAACGUACUUCCUCAGCAACAAAUGGCAGCUGGUAUUUGUGUUUCUCUGCGCCAUGAUGGAGAAUUCUACCGCGGCGAUCUGGAUCAUAAUCUCUCCCCGGAAGGCCGCGAGAGUCACGCACGGGCAAAACGAAGUCACGUUAGAGUGUGUGGCAGAGUCAUUAGUGGGCGUCACGAUCUGGGCCACGUUCAACGCUGCACUUAUCCUGCUCUGCACUUAUCAGGCAUUCUUAGUGCGUAAAGUUCCCGAGAACUACAACGAAGCUAAGUUCAUCACCUUCAGUAUGGUCACUAUGUGCAUAAGCGGAGCAGUUUUCGUCCCUACCUCACUGGGUACCAAGGGAUUCUACAGGACCAUUUUGACCUGUUUUCUCGUGAUAUUAUGCUGCUCAAUGGCGCUGAUCUGUCUCUUCGGACCCAAGCUGUACAUCAUAUUCUUUCGCCCUGAGAAAAACCAGCCACAUCAACCACAUACUGAACCGAGGUCCAUUGGAAAUCUUCACCCACAGUACAUCCGCUCCAUUUCUUCUCUUACUACACUAACUACGAUCAACUCGUUGGAAAGUCUGGACAUCAUCGGUCCUCGACUGACCAAUUUCCAACCUUCUGCGGGACUUCAGGAACAGAAGGCUGGAAGCUGCGAAGAAGAUAAAAGUUCUGAACCAUGCUGUUCAAAGGAUGGUUGCAUGAGCUAAAAGUGUGAGCUUACAGGACGCCAGUUUUAACAGUGUACAUAUGUAAUAUAUCAAAUUAGAGCGGUUUUAGCUGAAUGCUGAAAAGAACCUCGUUCCCAGGGCCUCUCCUCUCGCUCCAGUAGGGCGGGAAGAUGAGAGACCCCGGGAACGAGGCUUUGUUGUAAACGAAAAUCCAAGGCUAAGGACGCAGACAAUCCAAUGAACCAAUCAAACUGGGAGAAAAUGCAUGUGGCCGACGGAGGUAUUAUAAAUCCAAAAGCUCUGGAAUUAGAGAAAUUUACGUUGGUGAUAAACUAAUAAAGUAAUCUUUCGAAAAUUAUUUUUGAUUGAUUUUUUUUUCCCAAACCAUUGGUGAAUAUUCUCUUACUGUAAUAUACAGUGGAACCCCGCCUUACAGUCCCUUCGUUAAUACGGUCACCUCGUUAUUAC